AAUAAAAAAAAUAAAAAAAAACCCUAUCCCAUAAAAGGGGUUUCUUCUAGUCAACCUUUCAGUGCCUGAUAGAAAUUGUAAAUUGGUAGAGACAAAAAAUAAUAAUAGCUAAUAAAAAAAUAUAUAGAAAUAUGUAUACUGAACAACAUAUUUAAAUGAUACCUGAUAUAUCUCAAAGGAUUAUAUCUUUAUGCAUAACAAUUUAUAUUUUAUCUCUAUGUAAUGGAAUCAUAUUAAUCAAAUUAUUUACUUGUAUCAAUUCAUAGGUGCAAUAAUGUAAUUCAGGUACAUAUACAGAAAUGUUAGCUAAUUCACGUAUUACACUGUACCUGGUAUUCAUGCCGAUGAUGAUGGCCUUAACAGAUGAUCAACCAUAUUGCGCCGUUCGAUAUCAGAGACUGUGCCAAGGUAAAGGCCCUCAUGUCGCGUGCCAAUUCCCUGAGGUUGGUCCCGGGGAAUUAUGUCAAAAUUACACUGAAAUAAAAUUUACUAAGGAAUUGAAGAAUUUUAUAAUACACUAUAUAAAUAGACGGCGUCAGCGCAUUGCAGCCGGCAAUGAGAGAGUCCGCGGAGGCAUACAACUACCCCAGCCUGAAGUCAUGAUGUACGUUGAAUGGGAUCGUGAGUUAGCUCUAUUAGCGCAAAGAUUAGCUGACCAGUGUGUCUUUGUGCACGAUAAAUGUAGAGCCACAGUCCGGUAUCCCUACGCUGGACAGACAGUGGGAGAGGUCCGCUGGCGACGCUCCAGUGAAUCGGAUGAACUAACAGCUCAGAGGGCCAUUCACAGGGUAUUCGAUGCGUGGUGGGGCGAACGGCGACGUGUCCAGCCGAAACAGCUUAUUGCGCCAUUUAGACUCACUGCCAAAGGUGCCGUGUGGGGCCAUUUUAGCCAACUAGCAGUAUGGACGCUUUGUGCCGUCGGCUGCGGGGCUGUACGGCAUGGCGCAAACUAUCCUCGUCUUCUUCUCGUUUGCGAUUUCUCACACACUAACAUGCUCGGGCAGAGGACUAUAUCGCCUGGUCCGUUGGCUUCCUGCCCAGUUCACACCGCUAGAAAAUCUAAAGCCUAUCCCUUGUUGUGUAUAACGGUCAGAAAGAAAACUCUUCAAGAAUUAGAAUCUAUCGAAGACUCUGAAUCUGAUGAAGAGGUCGAGGAUAUAGAUGAAGAAGACGAUGAUGAUAUUUCUAACGAUAAUAUGACAAAAUAUUAUGGAGUAUUUUUGAGAAAAUUUACUAGGAAACGACUAACAAAUAAAUAUGUAAAGCCAAAGGAAAUACAGUCUACAAGGGCUGUACAAACACGUACAACUAGAAUUGAAGAUGAUCCGAUGUCGGAAGGAGGUAUAGAAAAGGAAAUGCCAACUGAAAGACGUUUAAUAAACAAACUGGAUAGGGUGUUGGAAAUGCGAAAGAAAGCCGACACGAAGAGUCGUGUGAAUGGAAAAUAUAAUGAUUGGUAUACAAGACGAUCCAAUAUUGGAAAAUGGCGCGAAAAUAUCAAGAUCUUUUCACAAAUGGAAAUAACGACACCAUCAAUUAAUCCUAAAUUACAUCUACCUGAUAUUAAUGAUUCUGAUAUAGCGCAGUUUAAAGGAAUGUUCGAGACUACGACAGGUCCUACAGAGUCACUUGUAAUAAGACAUCGAUGGAAGCAGACCAGAGAUCGACCACGUAGGCCUGGAGCUAAUGCCCUUUUGAAUGUGCCAACUGUAAUACAGUCUCGGCGACCUCCAAUUGCACCUCUGACUCUGGAUAAAGACGAUAUAGAACAAUUAUUUCGGGACACCGGAUUCAAUCUUAACUGGAGAAGGAAAGAUGUAGAAGUCCCAAAAUCUAAUAUGAAUUAAAAAGAUUUUAACAACAGUAUCACAAACUGAAAUGAAUAUUUAAAAAAAUAGAUACAUAAUCAUCUUUUUUUCAAAUGGUUACGUAAACUUGUUUCAUGGUUUGUGGAACUGGUACCUAUAUUUAUUAACUAAUUUCAUUAUAUCUACAAGGAAUUAUACAACAGGGUAAAUACAAUGUACUACAUGAAGACCAAAGACAAAAAGAGUUACAGAAGAAUACUAUUUAAUAUCAACUCGCCUCUUUGCGUAAUUUCCAAUAAAAAGUUGACAUUCAUUUGACUUGCUGUCAACAUUAUUCUACAAGCAAUGAAAUUAAUCGUCGAAACAAUUUGAUUUUAAUUUGAAAUCUAUUACAUGUAAAUGUCGAUAUGAAAAAUAAAACUUUGAGUACAGGACAUCUGACGUACAAUACCUACAAAACUUGGUAAUAUCGUAAUGUGCUGUUGCUGUCCAUGUUGCCGCUGUGGGGAGUGUCUCAGAUGCAUUUGUUGUAUAUCAUUAUGUGCAAUGUUAUGCCAUUUAUGCGGCUGUGAUGAAAUUUGCGAGGAUUGUGAAGCUGAUUAAAUAAUAAAUACCUUUAUA